UUUCGAACAUGUCUGACACAUUUGGGAGCAGCAGCACCACAUGCUCACCGUCCACCAUCACCGAAACAGCACUCACAAGUCUACUUGAGCACCCUUGCCUAUUCGUCAUUCAAGAACAUGCCGCAACACGACAUCACUGGGACUUGCGACUGCGAGUGCAUUCCCGCACAAACACGCCGACAGACGUUCUCCGCAGCUGGGCCGUCCCUAAAGGCCCCAGUUUCAAUCCCACCGAAAAGCGAUUAGCGCAGGAAACGACUGACCAUGAUAUCGGGUAUGCAGGGUUUGAGGGGGUCAUUCCGCGGGAGUCUUAUGGGGCGGGUACGACCAUGGUAUGGGAUAUUGGGACAUACUGUGUACCGAGAAAAAAGGGCGAGGAAAAAGAUACGACGAGUGAGGAGGAGGGGGGACGUAAAGAGCAGGAGAGGUUGGAGAGAGGGUUGGCGAAGGGGCAUGCUAGGAUCCGGUUUUUUGGGCAGAAGAUGAGAGGUGAUUUUGUGUUGUUUCGAAUGAUGGGGACGAGGGUUACUGGUGGGUCGAAACGGUUACGUGCCUUAACGACCAUGUCGCCCUCACCGUCUGGCAAGAGUCCUCCUACGGUAACUCCCCGCGGCACAGGCGCAUGGCUAUUGAUAAAGAAAAAAGAUGGAUACGCUAUCCAAGGCGGUCUACCUGAUAUUACUCUGACGGCACCACUAUCCGUUCUUACUGGGCGCACCAUGUUCCAAAUUGGGUGUGACGCUGGUGCGGAGGUUGAUAAUAUGGGACAUUGGAUAAAGUUGCCUCGUGUGAAGCGGGAAAGACGGGCGGUGUCUACUCGUGUGAAGAGGCUUAAACAGGAAGAAGGGAAAGUUGAAAUCAAGUGGACAGAUAUUAAGGAAGAGAACGAGGACAGGAAUACGAAUGGAUCAAAAUGCAAUGGGUCAAUCUUGGACGUCACAGAUCGGUCGGACAUCAAAAGGGAAUUUCCUUACGCUAUAAAAGUGGAAGACAAACCCGCCCUCAUUCGCCAAGAACAUGCAAAAACCAAAAGACAAUUUCCUGUAUUAGCCACAUCCCUCAAACGACGAUACUCAUCACCCAUUCUCGUUGAUUCGGAUUCAGAUGCGACUGUUAUUGAUGGAUAACUUUGAAGAAGGAAACUUCGUAAAUUAGUGGGCAGAGAUCAAAGAAGAGAACGAGGACAGUAAUACGAAUGGAGCGAAAGGCCAUGGUACAAGACUGGAUAUUCCAGAUGGGACGGACAUUAAAAAGGAGUUUUCUUACGCUGUGAAAGUAACAGACAAACUUUUUCGUCUUCAUUCACCAAGAACAUGCAAAAAGCAUGGGACAAUCAACUGUAUUACCCACAAACCUCAAACGACGUUACUCAUCGCCCGUUGUCGUCGACUCCGAUUCAGCGACUGUUAUUGAUGGAUAAACGGAAGAAAGGUCGUGAAGGAGUGGACAGAGAUGAAAGGAGAGAACGAUGGCAAUGAUAUGAAUGGAGCGACAUGCAGUGGUACAAUACUGGGAUGUUACGGACAUCAAAAUGGAAUUGUCUUGCGCUAUAAAAGUAAAAGACAAACUUUUCGUCCUCAUUCACCAAGAACAUGCAAAAACCACUAAACAAUCGCGCGUAUUACCCACACCCCUCAAACGACGGCUUAUUCUCGUCAACUCGGAUUCAGACGCGACUGUUAUUGAUGGUUAACGAAUUGAAAAACAAAGGAUUACUAGUGCUAUGAGGUUCACAGUUUUGAAUUGGUUUGUGGAUUGUGAGAACGAAUGUAUUUAGGUUUCUCGGUCUACAUUAACGCACUUGUUGGACUACUACGGUCUCCACGUGAUGACUUGUACGGCUUUUUUGGCAGCUUCCGCCAGUUCUUGUCUCGGAGAUUCGAAAAGCGCUUGUAACUAGGCACACCCCAAAUCAAAGCAAAAUAAAUACACAAACAAAAAAAACAUUGUUAAAAGACGAGACAAAAUGCAAAAAACGACAUAAUCUCACCUGCUUGAUACACCCAUGCAACUGAAACCUCCCCCGAUAAUCCUCCGCACAAUUCGUAAUCGUCUUUACAGCAUUCAAAACAAGUAACUGGUUCUUGUCUUUAAGGAGGUCCAUGAGGACUGGAAGGGCGUUUUCGCGGACCACAAUUCGUUUUGCUUCCACGUCUAUUGUGAUGCUAAUUGUUGGAUAAUGAUUUUUUUAGAAUUUAGUGGUUUUUGGAGUGUUAUGAAAGUGGUUUUUUUUCUUUUUUUACCUCAUUAAGGCUCCAGCGGCUGCUGCACGAACGGUAGAGUGUUUGUUGUGUAAGAGGUCGAUUAGAACGGGAAUGGUAUUUAAUUGGCAUGCAAGUUUUUUGCCUUCAUGGUAGUGACUAGUUUAUAAAAUAAAAGUGAGUAAAUGAAA